AUGAAAGUUGAGGAAAAUAGAAGGAGGGAAACUAAAAAUGAGUCCGAAGUAAGCAAAGGAAGGAGUGGCCUCAAGGGCGAAGAAGAUAUAGAAAGGAGGGUAAAGGAAAAUGGAAGAGGUAGCUCUUUAUUAACAAAGAGGAGUAUAUCACGUUCUACUAGGGUACAACAUAACUCAUUAGAAAAUGAUUUAAAGGGAAAUAAACACAUGCAUGGAAAAAAAAGAAGAAAGGAUAAAAGUACAUCUGAUAUUAAUUCUUCUGUAAUAACAUCCGAUAAGUCUAGUGAGCAUAACAGCUCAGACGAAUACAGACGAAGGAGAAGAAGAAGAGAAGAAAGGGAUGGUCGUCAAAGGGAUGAUCGUCAAAGAGAUGGUCGUCAAAGGGAUGGUCGUCAAAGGGAUGAUCGUCAAAGGGAUGAUCGUCAAAGGGAUGACCGAGAAAGGGAUAGCCGAGAAAGGGAUAGCCGAGAGAGGAAUGAUUACGAAAGGGAAGGACGUGAUAGAAAAAAUGGAUACGAAAGGAAUAGCCACGAUAGAAAUAGUCGAGAAAGAAAUAGCCAUGAAAGAGAUAACCGUAAACCACGCGAACGACAUGAACGACGUGAGAAGGAAGACAGGAGAAAGAAAAGGUCCAGUAAACUUAAUCGAAAUUUAUCAUCAUCCCAUGAACGAUCUAGAUCAAGGGAGAGAAGAAGAAGAAAAUUACAAGCAGAAUGCAUUAAAAAAGCAGGAGGAUUUAAAAAGCUAGCCGAUAUGGAAGGUCAUGAAACAACAAAUGUAUUUUGGGAUGGUUUUCAGUGGGUUGCAAAAACAAAUCAGUCAAAUGUUUUUCAUUUAGAUCCUGCAGUUAUGAAUUCUACAAGAAAAUUAAGGAGGCUUUAUUUUGGUAAUCUACCACUUCAUUUAGGAUUAAGUGAAAAUGAUUUCCAAGAGAUAGUAUGGAAUGAAAUGAAAAAAAGAAAAUAUUGUAAUGAUGAGAAUGUUAAUCCUGUUUUAUAUGUUUGGUUUGCGAAAGAUAAAGGAAAUUAUGGUUUUGUUGAAUUUUCCACUGUAGAAGAAACAGAAAGAGCAUUAACAAUGGAUGGUAUGCUAUGUAAAGGGGUUACUCUUAAGGUCUCAAGACCAAAUGACUAUUCUACAAAUACAGUAAAGCAUAAUCAAAAUACCCUUCUUCAAGCAGUGGCCAAGAAUAAUAAUAAUUUAUUAGCUACUAUCAGCUCCAACAGUGUAAGCGGCAUGAACAACAUAAGCGGUGUGAACAACAUAAGCGGUGUGAACAACAUAAGCGGUGUGAAUAACAUAAGCGGUGUGAACAACAUAAGCGGCGUGAAUAGUAUAAACCCUGCUGGCAAUUUAUAUAAUAAGCCACCUCCCCCCCCUGGUGCCCCUCCACCUUCUGUGCUCAAAGACUCAACAGAUCCUACCUCACUUGAGUACAACAAUAUACAAACAAAGUAUUUAAGAGUAUUAGAAAUCGUUUCUGCAAAUUCAAUUAAUCAUGAAGAUUACUCUUCCAUCUUAGAGGAUAUAAAAGAUGGUUUUCAUACGCAAGGUAUAAUUAUUAAUUCCAUUUUGAUUACGCAGAAAUAUGCACAAACUACUCCAUUCAAUGUAGGUGAUGUUGUAAUUGAAUUUGAAAAUGCUGCUUCAGUUGAUAAGAGUAUUAUAAACAUGUCUAAUAGGAAAUAUGAAGGAAAAGUUAUAAGGAUGAGCAAACUAGAUGAAAAUAUGUAUAAUACCUUUGUUAAACCCAUAAUUCGGGAUCUGUACGAGCGGCGGAUGUGA